AUGAGUGCAUUGGAAUCCGGCAAAUUUUCAAAACGUGUUCGAUCAGUAUCCAAUAAUACCAUCCUGAAAAACUUAAUAAAUGACUCAAUAGCAACAUCCGGAAUACGAAAUCUCGCUUGGUAUUUGAAUAUCCACAGAAGUAUCCACGAAUCAUUAAAAUUAAUGUUCGUGUUAAAAUAUUUAUGGUCUGACUCAAGAUCAUUAAAAUCGGGAGCGCGAUCAAUACCUAAUAUUAAACCAACGAAAAAACAAAAGCCCACUUUAAUCGACUUUGUUGAAGACGAAGAAAGAAAUAUUGGUAUAUUUCAAUAUACUUAUGUAAUCAUGCCCGAAUUUAUUAUAUCACCUAAUGAUUAUGAAUUUAAAGUACUCGAUAAAGAAAAACGAACAAAAAGACGUCAAUCAGAACUAAUGAAAGGCCAAAAAGGCCAAAAGUCCAGUGUAAUUGAUUUAGUUGACGAUAACGACGAUGAUCUGAUUCAACAGGAUGAGAGCGAUAAUGAUCAAACCGCGUUCCAGGAGCAGGUUGAAGAAUUGAGUCAGUUGAUCAAGAAAAUAACGAAAGGUAAACAAAAAGCAGCAAAUCCGAAAGAUAUAAUUAUUGACUGGUCGGGAGUAGAAACCUCAGAUUCUCCAGAAAAGUGCCAAUACGUAUCCCGAUCACCAAAAAAGAACUGA